AGCGCAGGUGCCGGCGGCGGCGGCGGCAUCGCGGAGGGGCAGUGGCAGCGCCAGCACCAGCGCCGACGGCGGCGGAGCAGCGGCCGCCUUUGGGGCCCCUCUGGCCAGCUAAGGUUCGAGCGUCCCGGGGGGGCCAGGGCUUGGGUGAGGGUGGGCCAUGCAGGAGGCGGAGGAGCCCGCGCCCCCUCCGCGGCAGCCGCCUGUGCCCCCAGUCUACAUCUAUAGCCCCGAGUACGUCCGAACUUGUGACUCGCUGGCCAAGGUGCCCAAGCGGGCCAGCAUGGUGCACUCCCUGAUCGAAGCCUAUGAGCUGCUGAAGGAAAUGAGGGUAGUGAAGCCCAAGGUGGCUUCCAUGGAGGAGAUGGCCAGCUUCCACACGGAUGCCUAUCUGCAGCACCUCCAGAAGGUCAGUGAGGAAGGGGAUGACGAGCAUCCUGACUCCGUGGAAUUCGGCCUGGGCUACGACUGCCCCAGCACGGAGGGCAUAUUUGAUUAUGCGGCUGCAGUGGGGGGGGCCACCAUCACGGCGGCCCAAUGCCUGAUUGAUGGAAAAUGUAACAUAGCCAUUAACUGGGCUGGAGGUUGGCACCAUGCCAAGAAAGAUGAAGCUUCAGGCUUCUGUUACCUCAAUGAUGCUGUCCUAGGGAUCCUGCAUUUGAGAAGGAAGUUUGACCGCAUUCUGUACAUUGACUUGGACCUUCACCAUGGAGAUGGCGUCGAAGAUGCUUUCAGUUUCACUUCUAAAGUCAUGACCGUGUCUCUGCACAAAUUUUCUCCAGGGUUUUUUCCAGGAACUGGCGAUGUAUCUGAUGUGGGCCUCGGGAAGGGAAGGUAUUACAGCGUCAACGUGCCGAUCCAGGAUGGCAUACGAGAUGAAAAGUAUUACCAGGUCUGCAAAAGUGUCCUCAAGGAGGUCUAUGUAGCCUUCAAUCCCAAAGCUGUGGUUUUACAAUUAGGAGCUGACACUAUAGCUGGGGACCCAAUGUGUUCAUUUAACUUGACUCCUGUGGGACUUGGCAAGUGUCUUAAGUACAUCCUUCAGUGGCAGUUGGCCACCCUCAUCUUGGGAGGAGGAGGCUACCACCUUGCCAACACAGCCCGAUGCUGGACAUACUUGACUGGGGUCAUCCUGGGGAGAACACUCUCGUCUGAGAUUCCAGAUCAUGAAUUUUUCACUGAAUAUGGCCCGGAUUAUGUGUUGGAAAUCACCCCCAGCUGCCGGCCUGACCGCAAUGAGUUGCACCAAAUCCAGCAUAUCCUGAGUCGUAUUAUGGGGAACAUGAAGCAUGUGGUUUAGGGGCAGUUCUACAUCUGAUUUUGACAGGAUAGGAAGGUUUCUUGUAAAACUGACUGUGUUUUUAUGAAUUUGUGGCUGUGAGGAACAAUCUGGAGAAGAUUACUUCCUCAUAACACCAAGUGGGCAGCCAGUCUCCAUGGGGUUUUAGUAGGCAGCCACAUCAGAGUUCUAAGUAAAAGAGUUGAAGCAAGAAGGAAAGUAAUGUUUAAGGUUCAGGUGCUUUUUCUGAAACACAGUUGAGAUAAAAUUAAGAUGCCUUCUCAAAAAGGCAAAGGAAGUUUUGUGUUCUUGGAAAUUAUUUUCUGCUGGGUUUGGAAUGGGGAGUUUUUAUUUUUUAAGCAAGAAAUGUUUGGGGUUAAUUGUUCACUGUCAUUGAUGAAUUUGGUGAAUAGUACUAGUAGUGUUCAAAUAUAAUUUUUAUUUCAAAAACAUAAAAAUUAUAUUUUAACUGUCUCAUCUAUAAAAUAGCUGCAUAUAUUGUAUAGUUAUAUUUUAAUAAAGAGUUUUUAACAGAUUCAGGAUUUCAUCAAUGUGUGUACUACAGAUUGCAGUAGUCCCUUGCAAGGUUUUCUUUUAAAUUCUCAGUAGUUUGGAAGGCCAUAUCUUGAAUUUUUAAAUAUGAUACAUUUACAGAGCGUUUUAAGAGGUUACAUUUUAUAGGAUUUUUAAAAAUGUACAAAGCAAUUUACUAACAUCUCAUUGGUUCCUUACAACCAGACUGUGAGGUAGGUGCUAUUAUUAUCACCAGUGGACAGAUGAGGAAACAAGAGGUUCAGAGAGAUGCCAAUGAUUUGUCCAGUCAUAUUAUCUGAAGCAGGAUUCGAAGCCAGACUGUCUUGACUUCAAGUUCAAUUACCUCUUAAUAUCUUAAUUAUAUAUGUGCAACCACUCAGUUCUGGGUCUAGUACAUUGUCUAUCUGCUAUACUUCUCCAUGUUACAUAUAUAUUACACACACACACACUCUGAUGUUAACUUGAUAAUUCCAGUUUGCGCAAUGUGUACUUUGGAGUUGGUCCAGUAUAAAUGAUUAUAGUGUUAAUAUGAAUUUCAUUGAAAUUUUGCAGCAUUCUGGAUUUGAAUCAAAGCUGCUUAUUAAGAAACUUAGGGAGAACCUCCCUUAAUAAUAAGUUUUUUUUUUGGUUUGUUUGUUUUGUUUGCUUGUACUAUAACCAGGCAUCAACCAUGACAGUGGCAGACUUAGGUAAGAAUAUUUAAGGUAUUUUUUUUUUAAUUUAUACUAAAUGAGAAUACUCAGUGGAUCACUAAAUAAAGGUAAUUCCAUUGGUUCUAUCAAAGUGAGCAAAUAAUUUAGUUUGUGCACAGGAAAAACCUUGUCUGAGAGGGCUUUCAAGGCUGCAUUUUGUUCUACCAAGUCAAAUACUUAAAAAAAAAAAAAGUGAAUAGUAGGUAGUAUUGUGUUUUUUGUGUCAACUCUGUAACUUGUGAAAUCAAGAUAUGCUUAGGUGUAGUAAAUACAAAAUCUCAACUAUUUCGUCUCAUACUGUCUUCAAGAAUUUCCUUGAUGCAUGCAAAGUUCAUUCUUAGGAAGAUUAAAUAGAAAUGAGAAAGUAGGCAUAUGGACCAGUGGUGGCUACUGUCUUCUUGGUCCCUCUUUUUAGGCAAAAGUACCCAUCUGAUAUUUUCCAUUCUAUGGAAUCUUCUUCCCCUCAAUAUAAGGUCACAAACAUCAUUUCCUGAGUGAAUCCAAUGUCAUGGAUUUCUUCUACUUGUAUUUAUUUGAUCAUGUCUAGUUACUCUUUUUGACUUCAUCUUAACUUUCAUUUCUGCUUCCUCACAAUGUAUUGAAUACUAAGUGGCAAAGUGUGAAAGUAGUUAAC